AUGGUCGCCAACACCCGUUCCCGCUCGCCUGGUGCCGUUAUUGCCCAGCGCCAGAGCACUUUGACGGCAGAUGAGCUCGACAUCGCAUCGGGGUCUGUAUUUGAAGUCGUCAACAACGGCUUUAUUGCCCUGCGUCGCCAAACACAGACUUUGGAAGAACGAAGAACACUUUUGGCUCAGUACGGCCAGGCGACACGACAACUGAGAAAGGCUCUAGCGUCCAGCUCGUCCUCGGAUUCAAUAUUUUUUCCCGUGCUGUUGUUUGCACUAUAUGAGAUGAUUGUGAAUCUCGAUCCAAACGACAAGACAUGGCAGACGCACCUCGACGGACUACUCAGUCUUGUGUCACGAUCGCCUGUUUCGAGUUCGACACUACAUCUUCACAGAGCCGUCAAGUUGAUCGAGUCGGACAGUGAUAUCAACAACAACUUGUCGGCAGUGGCUGCUGUAGGAGAUCCAGAGGUGGCAUGUCGACUGCUGGAUGUUACCAAGCUCCGGCUCCGAAAGAUCCUUCCUGAUACGACAAGUCUCUUUGAUGGCUUUCCUGAGCGGCCUCGAAAGAUUGAUGUGCAAAAGAUUCGGGUUUCAAUAAAGAAGAUAUAUCUGGAUCUGGAAUUGUUUCCGACCAUGAUCUCCAAGAGGAAAAACGUACCCACAGUUGAAAUGCUUCAUGACAUUGGGGCUGAUGUGCUCAAAGAUAUUUCUGCAAUUCGCCUAAACGAGUAUAGAACUUUACAAAUCAUGACCGCCAGCUUUCUGCUGUGGAGCGGCGAUUUUCUCCACCCCAAUGAUGGAUACCAUAACACUAAAGAGUUUCUAAACUUGCGUUCCGCUAUCGAAGACGCGGCCAAAGGCAUUCGCUCCACGAUUGAAGCUCACAUCAGCACACUUUUUGCUGAAAGAGGACAGCACUCACAAAAUACAAUGGAGUUUUUUGUAAGAGCUGCUAUGCUUUUGUUUCCACUGUACUGUGCUUCAAGAGCCUCGUGUCUCGACGAGACCCAACGGAAAUGGUUCACGGACAGUUUGUGUCUGCUGGGAAGCUGCGCCUUGAUUCCCAAGGCCUUUGCACUGGUGAGAUGGAUAUGA